AAAUCGUGAAAGAGACAACUUAUUAGAAGAUGGCGAGCUACCUUGACCGGCUUGAACGCGAAGGAUUACCUUCAAUUCACAGAAGUACGCAUAGUCAUAGUGAAAGAAGAGUUAUUUUCGAUGACACUUAUCGAUCCAGAUCUCCGAAAUGUCGUUCAAAUUCACCGACAUUGCGUUCAAAAUCACCGAUAUUGCGUUCAAGAUCUCCAACAGCUAUAUCUGAUUCACUUAUUUCUCCAAGACCACCAUCCCCAUCUCACAGACAUGACAGACGGUCAUAUACAGAGUUACAAAAUGUACAAGAUCAAGUACGAGUGUUUAAAGAAGAGCUAACAAAGAAAGAUGCACUGAUACAGCAGUUAGUCAGUAUGGAAAAUGUUCCAAAAUCCAGUUCAGUUCCAAUGAGAUCUGGAGCUGAUAAUUACAGGCUAGAAACUGUUUAUCUUGGAGACAGACAUGCCGUUGAGUCAGCACGCAGUGAAUUAGCAUCCCUCUCAGUCAAAUAUGAUAAACUGUGUAUAACUGUGAAAAGUAUGGAACGGGAAAUGGAAGAAAAAGAUGUUCAUAUCAGGGAAUUAAAAACUCUUUAUGAUACCAGUAAAGAGAACGAAUCUAGACUUACUUCCCUAUUAGAGUCUCAUAAACAACAAAUUAUAGAACUAGAAAGUCGUACAGGGUCAUUUCAGUCAGCUGUAGGCCGUAGUGAAUUCACUGUCUCAACUCUUCAGGAACAAAAUCGUCAGAAUGCUGAUAAAAUAGUAGAACUAGAAGCCAGAAUAAGAGAACUUUUGGAAAGCAGAGAAGGAGCAGAUUUCAGGUGUUCACAAGUAGACAGGAAAUAUAGUGAACUUAUGAGACAGAUUUCCAGUGUUUUGAGAAUUGAAGAAUUUUCUUUUGAAAGUCUUUCUGUAGAUGACAUUUCUCGAGGUGUUACAGAUCUAGUUCAAGAGAAUGCAGUGCUGAAGGGUAAACUUGUAACAUUAAAAGAAGCACUGAACAGUACAGAACUAGAAACCAAAGCUAGCAGGGAGACCAUAAUGAGGCUGGUGUCUGAAGUGGGUAAAGAGCAGAAAGUAGCCACUAGAUAUACCUCAGAUCUGGAGAGACUUCGAGUGGAAAGAGAUGAGGCAGUUGACAUCAGAAGGAGUCUGGAGAGGGAGGUAGAUGUUAUCAAGGAACGUUUGGUGGCUGCAGAGAGAGCUGCAAGUGCCAACAGAUCUGAAAUAGAAAUGAGAGAAGAGAGGAUGAAUAGAAAAGAAAGAGAAUUGAGAUCUAACAUUCAUGACAUCCAGUCAGCUAAGAGUUCAGUCAGACUGUUUAUGGAACAAAUAGCCACUUUGUUAAGUGAAGUGGAUGAUUCUGUGUUAGAAUGGUCUGAAGAAUCUAUCAAAUCUAGAGUUGCUAGUUUAAGAUCUAGAAACAAAGAAAUGGUUUCGGUAAUUGAGUCAUUAGAGGAACGGGUCAGAGCUCUUACAGAACAGCUAGAAUCACAAUAUGAAUUACAUAAAAGUUCUGCAGCUAGAGCCAGAAAGGCUGAAUCAGAGGUCGCUGAAUUAUUUGAAAAACUACGCAGUGCUGAAGGUGAACUAUCAGCUGGUGAUGUCUUGAGAGAUGGGUUCAGGUCCGAUAAGGAAAAGUACAUGAGAAUGCUCCAGAGACUUGGUCAGUCACUAAAAAUGGACAAAAUUUCCUCCGAUUUAGGAUUUGAUUUGACCAUUGACGCUAUUAUAUCAAGGGCUGAACAACUGGUCAAAAUGGAAGCUGAUACUAUUGCAGACAAAUCUACACACAUCUAUAACUUACAAAGAAAGGUUAAGUCCUUGAAAGAGCAACUGGAAAGCAAAGACCUUCACCUUGAUUUAAUGAGGAAGAAAAUGACAGGCAUGGAGGAGAAAUUGUUAGGAAAACAUGUCAUUGAAAAGGAAAGAGAUUCAGAAAGCUACAGAAAUCGUAAAUUAGAGAAACUAGUUGAAAAAUACAAGAUGCAAUUACAAGAUGCUUCUCAAGAAAUCAUAAAUCUCAAAGCUCAACUGUUGGGAUCCAGUGAUAUCAAGAUGAGAACAAUGGAACAAAGACAAGAAAUUGAUGAAUUAGUUAAGCAGGUAGAAGAACUAGAAGAAUUGAGGAAGAGACAGGCCAGAAAGAUUGGUGCUCUCAAAAAUGAACAUAAUUCCUACGAAUCAUCUUCCAGGGAAAAGAAUGUUGUUGCUGACAAUGCUGUUCAAGCUCUUUCAAGUGAACUCAGAACAACAAAGAAUUCCCUACAGACAACACACAAUAGAGAGAAACAACUCCUAGACUUCAGAAAUGUCAUUUGUAGGAUGUUGGGUCUUGACAUUAACACACUUGCAAUUCCUGAUUAUGAAAUCAUCUCACGGUUAGAAAAACUUAUCCAAGCACAUCAUACCCAUGCAUUCACAACCAUGAGUAUGGAGGAGGCAUUAGCAGACAUGGAAGAUGGGUUUGUCAGUGGUUAUGAGGACUACAGACAAACUGUUAAUACUUCAAACCAGAACCAAACAAUACAGAGAUCAAGAGAGAGAGCAAGACGCAAGGCUGCAAGAGCUCGUGCACGAUCAGCUUCCCCAGUCAGAAGAGACCAUAGAGUUUAUUGAAUUCUUUAGACAUUGUAGUAGAUGAAUGGACUUAAACUGUAGAUCUUCCCUGUGUUAGUCAGUCAAAAAUCAGGAAAAAAAGAGAAAAAAAAAUAAUAUGUACACUUUGCUAAAUGCAUUUAUACCCAAUCAUGAAAAAAUGUGCUGUUUGCUAAUAACAAGAUUAUACUACCAAGAGGGUAUAAUCAAAAGGGGUAAAUGUUUAGUACAAAAGAAUAGAAUAGACAGAAAAUUAGGGAAAAUAAAAAGUCAUUUUUGUCAACAUUUUGAACAGAUUUUUUAAUGCUUGUGUGGUCAAAAAGUUAUUCCAUGAAAUCUUUGGCCCUUUUCACAAAAAUCAUAUGACUAAAAAUUGGAUGUUAAUGAGUGAAAUGUUUAUGGCUCAAAUAAUUAUUACCCCAAAAAAAUGUGAAAUUGAUUACAGAAUCUCAUUUGUGAAGUGCUCAUGAUUAAAAUUGAUGUAUAUGUAGUCAAUAUUUAAGCUUAAUUUGCUUUAACAGUGGUAAAUUUUACUCUUUUUAGGUGCCAAAUUUUUAACAGCUUUAGUUAAUGUACUAUAUACCAAUAUUUUAAAGGAACAUUACUUUUUUAUAAGUACUUUUUAAAAUAUUGCUCAGAAUGUUAUCAAAAUUGGCAACAUCCAUGAUUUUAUUAUUGUUAUUUAUAUCAGUAAACUUAUUGUUAUUUUUAUAUGUUGACAUUUUAGUUAGUUUUUAUAUUAUGUAUGAUUUUAUAUUUCAUUUAGACAGUCUUAUACAAAUUCUUUCAUGUAUUUUACAAGAUACCCUUUUUUCAGUAAAAUAAUCAAAAUUACCUGUUAGAUACUGUUCAUAACUUUUUGGAUUGAAUGAUUCCAGAGUGGACUUUAGGUUACAUAAAAGAGAUAAAGAAAUUGUCUAGAAUGACUUUGCAUCAAAUUAUGUGCAAUUUAUAGGUAAAAUAGAGUAAAGAUUUAAACUACAAGUAGAUACUUAAUAUAUAUAAAAUACUUAAAAGGUGGAGGAAUUUAUAUAUAAAAGGAGACACAUUUUCUUUGAUAGCUUUAAACUGACUGAUUAUUCUUUUUAUCAUAUACAUAAUCAAAAUGAUUCAUUUGCAAUUUUGUUACACUAAAAAGUUGGAAACAACCUUGUUUUUGGGGCCAGAUUUUACAUAUGAAUUGACCAAGUAAAUUCAUCAGAAGGAUGGAAGUGCCCCUGGCUUUUUGAACAUUGAUUAUAGACAUUGAUUUUGAUAAUGAAAAAUCAAUUAUCAUUUUUUUUAACAACUUAGCAAAAGCAUUUUGUUCUGUUUGAGUCCAAAAACAUCAUCAUAAAUAUCUAAUCAGCAAUUCUUUACUCCGACAUUCCAAAAUUUAAAGAGUUAUAUAGCAAUAGUUAUAAUGUUUAAUGUAGACCAAAUAAAUUUAGUAAAAAUUAACAGUGUUUAUUUCAACAUUUAGAAUCUAUGGCAGUUUAUUUUUACAUUCCUGAGUAGUUGCUGUUGUAAGCAAUAUUUUCAUACUUUAAUCAAAAUGUUCUAGGACAUCUGCUCAUAUCCCCUUUUAAUGUUUUUUUUUGUGUAUUUAAAUGUUCUCUGUAAUGAAUAGUAAGUCUUGUAGGGCAGCAAUUAUUGAAGACUGGAUACCGGUUCAUUUCAUAAAAUAUUUACCUGAUAGAAUUUUAAAUAACUGGAGUUAUUGCCCUUUAUCCAACAAACAACAUUCCAGUUCAGGGAAAUGAAAGGUGCAUUUGUAGUAAAUGUUUUAUUCUGUGAUAUUGUUAUUUAAAUGUUUAUUCGUAGGUCCUUUAUUAUUAUUAUUUGUACAUAUUCCUUCAUGUUUACAUCUCUUACUGUCAUUAAAUAACUGCCAUUUUAUAA